AUUAUUCAUUAUCUUUCUUCCACAAUUUUAUAUCAAUAAUGUUCUUUAACUCCUUUCUAUAUAAAGGGGCCAUCACUAUAGUCCAUCCAUCCAUAUACAUAAUAAACAAAAACAUUAAUAAUAAUUCUCCUAGAAAACAAUACACCAUAUUUUCUCAUCUUUUCUAGCUUAAGCCCAUAAUAUUACUCCUUUUUACCAACAAUGGAGUACCUUGAAAUCUUUCUAGUACUCCUCUCCAUGCUUCUCUUUGUCAACCUCUAUCGAAACAACAUCGGGCUCCCGACGAAUUGGCCUAUAGUUGGGAUGCUUCCGGCACUCCUCAUAAACGUACAUCGAAUUCAUGACUAUUUCAUUGAGAUCAUGCUAAAAUCUCAAUUGACCUUUUUUCUUAAGGGUCCUUGGUUCACCAACAUGUACUUGCUUGCUACCGUUGACCCGGUCAACGUUCACUAUAUUAUGAGCAAGAACUUUGGGAAUUAUCCAAAGGGUCCUAAGUUAAAUGCAAUUCUUGAUGUACUAGGAGAUGGAAUUUUUAACACGGAUUUUAUGGUUUGGCAAUAUCAUCGAAAAAUGGCUCAUUCUUUCCUUGGUCAUCCAAAUUUCCAUCAUUUUUUGGUCAAGAAAACAUGGGAUAAGGUGGAAAAUGGACUUAUCUCGGUCCUUGAUCAUGUGUCCGAGCGUUCUAAGGAGGUCGAUUUGCAAGAUUUGUUUUCAAGGUUCACGUUCGAUACAAUAUGUACCAUCAUUAUGGACCAUGAUCCAAGGUCUCUAUCCGUCGAUUUGCCUAGGGUUCCAUCCUCGAAGGCCUUGGACGAUGUUGAGGAAGUGAUUUUCUAUCGACAUGUCGUGCCAUCUUGUGUUUGGAAGUUCUUAAGGUGGUUGGAUGUUGGAGAAGAGAAGAAGCAUAGGAAGGCUUGGGAAACUCUUGAUGAUUUCAUCUAUAAAUGUAUAGCUAUUAAAAGAGAAGAAUUGAGUAAGGAGCAAUUUUCCAAGGAAAAGGAAGACAAUAUUGAGGUGAGUAACGAUCUAUUAACGCUAUAUAUUAAACAGGAUGAGAAUCACAAGACUCCACUUGAUAAUCAAGGCGAUAAAUUCUUAAGGGAUACAAUUUUGAACUUUUUUGUAGCUGGACGUGACACAACUAGUGCCACGUUAACUUGGUUCUUUUACCUCCUUUCACAGCACCCACGUGUUGCUUCUAAGGUUAAAAAAGAAUUAGAUGGUGUACUAAUAAAUAGGACAAACUUUAAAGAGGUGAGUGGCAAGUUAGUGUAUCUUCAUAGCGCAUUAUGUGAAACUUUACGAUUAUACCCUCCAGUAGUGUUCGAGGCCAAGUCCCCUCUUGAGCCGGACAUAUUGCCAAGCGGUCACCCCGUGAAUCCAAACAUGGAAAUUAUAUUCAAUAUGUACGCGAUGGGAAGGAUGAAAUCUAUAUGGAGAGACGAUUGUUACGAGUUUAAGCCGGAGAGAUGGAUAACGGAACAAGGGAAGGUUAGACAUGAGCCAUCGUACAAGUUUUUAGCCUUCAACGCUGGGCCAAGAACUUGUCUAGGGAAAGAAAUGGCCUUCACACAAAUGAAGAUUAUCGCGGCUACUAUAAUCCAAAACUAUGACAUUGAACCGGUAAAAGAACAUCUUGUUGUUCCUAAUCUCUCUAUAAUCCUUCACAUGAAGUAUGGGUUUAAGGUUAAGAUACUUCGUUCUCAGUAAUUAGUAAACCUAAUUAGUAGUAAUCACUGAAUAAUUGUGUAGAUUUUGUUGUUAAUGAUAUUUGAGUGUGUCUAAUUUGUGGUUUUGCUUGAAUAAAUAAAGUUAGGUAUGUAAUUAAACAAGCUACGUUAAUG